UGCAUUAUUUCUAUUGACAUGGGAAAUUAAUAUCGAGAUGUUAUUUGCGUGUAUUUAAGUGUUAAGUACAAUUAAGUGUUAAAUUAAAAGUUUAAAUAUGAGUUUUUGUGUCUUCGUAAUAUUUCUAGCGAUGAGCAGUGUGUUAGCUGAAAGUAUUGGUUCAGUAUCAGUGGACAGAAAUGCGCCACGUCGCAGCCGGCGCGGUUUCAACGAGACUCGUAGGCCACAUUGGGCUGGCGACGACGAUCGCUUUCACGAUUCCGAUUUCCUGAAUGCCAUCAGAUACUCCGCCGGACAUGAAAAUGGGCGGUUCACAGUAACAUCAGAAACACCAACUCAAUCCACACUAGUACCGCCAAUUACAAAAAAUGAAAAUGGGUGGUCCACAGAAACAUCAGAAACACCACCUCAAUCCACACCAGUACCGCCAGUAACAAAUGACUGGAUUUACAUCGGAAUCGGCAUAGGCCUAGCGGUUUUACUCGUCGUCAGCCAAUCUAUUUGUUUCUGUCUGUACAUUCGAAAACUGAAAUCUUCGCAACUGCCUCGGAAUAUCCCGUUAAUCACGCCAGAUGAAAAUUGUGAAGAUCGCUACCAACGAGCGCCGAGCAAGUCAUGUGUAAACACACUAAGGCCAUCAGAAAAAAAUCAUUCCUCUUCACUGUACGAGUAUGAAUGCGUCAAACAUAUAGAUAAAGGAAAAAAACCGGAGCCUCCUCCUACUUCCACGCUACCAAAGAGAAACCGACCCCCUUUACCACUUCCUAAUAACAUACAAGAACCAAAGUCGUCAACUUUGACACCGCAUUCAACUCAGGAAUUGCUACAACAGCGAGGAAGACAAGUAUCAACUGUACCAAGUAAGCCACCUAUAAACUUCAAUGCGCAUGCACCGAUGCCAUCGCGAAGCCCGCAACCAAGACGGCUUCCUACUCCAGUACGUACACCGGUUUUGAAGCCACGAGAUACAACAAGGGACGAAAGAUCUUAUAAGAUUUAUGAAUCGUUACCGGACCUGAGGGAAUUCAGACAUCAGGCAAAACCCUCAGCCGUACAUCCGCCAAUAGUUUUUACUCCAUCGUCAACAAUAACGACUCCUAACCUGAACAGAAUGAGAAUGUUACCUGGUCAUCGUUCAAACUUAAGCAGAGAUACUCCGUCACCUGUGAUGCCUCCUAAACCUCGUAUGCCGUUACCGCAAGAGUAUAACCGAAAUGGUUAUCCAACAAAAUUAAAAGAGAACAUGAUAACGACCAACGGAAGCUCUUUCUCUAUUUAUGAAUCAUUACCGGACCUCAGGGAAUUUAAACACCACCAAAAACCUCCACUAGCACCACCUCCAGUUUUCACACCAGUACAUCACUCAUCUUCUAACCUGAACAUAGCAAAGAGAGUCCCUGGACCUGAUUCAAUUUCUAAUGAGUUAAUGGAAAAGUUAAAGCGAAGAGCGAACCUAACGUCGCAAAGUACAAGCCAGAUAACCAGAUCGCCAACUUUUCCUAGGAAGCCGCCUGUUAUGCCCCCACCCAAAGUGACUCCAAUAGCAAAAUAUGUGGACGAGUCAUCCGACGACGAGGAAUGGACGAUAGAAGAAAUCAAGCAAAUCAAUAUGUAUAACGUUUAAGUGGGCAUUGAAAAAUAAAUAAAUACCUACUUAAUAAAAGACAACGAUAAUUGACAAAAUAAUCUUAUUUUAUUUAUUUAUUUGCUCAAAUAAAU